UGCGAAAUGUCAAAAAGUUUAGCAUGACGGACGAAUAAGUGUAACAAUUUUUAUUGAUCAUAGAGAAAUUCUAGGUAAAUUAGAUCAUGGUUGUCGGAGCAUUUCCAGCUGUUAAGCUUGCGGUGCUUGCAUUCAAGCAACUCAGCAAGCCAAUUGCAAAUAUUAUGAAAGAACGAGCCAAGAGUCAUCCAUUCUUUCGCAAAUAUAUUUGCAUGCCCCCAGCUCAAUUUUACAAUUGGGUGGAAGUUCAAACCAGAAUGUGGGUAUUGAAUUUGGGUAAACCAGUCAAAAUACCCCAAUUAAAUGAAACUCAAGCCAUUGAAUUAGGUGCAAAUUUACUUGGUGAAACAAUUAUAUACUCAAUCGGUGCUGGUUUAUUGAUAUUUGAAUAUAAACGGCAAUCGAAUAAGGAAACUGCUAGAGAAGAAAUGGCCAUCGAGGAACAACGUGAACUUCAAUUUACACUUCAAGAGUUGGCCUUGAAUAUUGAGCGUCAGGAUGCACAAAUUCGACAUCUACAACGAACUGUAGCCGAACUAGAGUCUCGAACAUGGUUACCAAAGAUUAAAAUUCUAGGCACAAAUAAGGACGAUGACGAUGAUAACAAACCACCUGAACCAACGCCACCUCCACCAACACCACCAAUACCAACGCCUCAACUUGAAACGGCUGGUGAAACAAGUGGUAACUACAAUCCUGGACUUCUCCUUAAAUCAUUAGAUCUUAUUGAAAAUGAGAUUUUUUAUAGCCCAAGCAAAAGCGACACCGGCGGUCAUCAAAUCAUCCACGAAGCAUUAGUAUAUUUAAAAUUGUAUUAAAUGAAAGUACACAAUUUGAAUUGUAAAUAAUUAAGCGAGUUUUAUUGAAUAAAAUUAUGCAAUUAAUUUGUUA